UCCUCUCCCCGCCUCCGAACGCCUCCUCGUCUCUAAAUGGAAUUAGUGGAGCUCGGAGCCUCGGGUGUAACGCACAGACAUGAUCCAUGGACGCGCUGUGUUGCACAUUGUAGCAGGUUUAAUCAUCCUUCAUUUGUCUGGGGCAACCAAGAAAGGAACAGAAAAGCAAGCCACCUCGGAAACACAGAAGUCAGUGCAGUGUGGAACUUGGACAAAACAUGCAGAUGGAGGUGUCUUCACCUCUCCCAAUUAUCCCAGCAAGUACCCUCCAGACCGGGAGUGUGUCUACAUCAUAGAAGCUGCCCCAAGACAGUGCAUUGAACUUUACUUUGAUGAAAAGUACUCUAUUGAACCUUCCUGGGAGUGUAAAUUUGAUCAUAUUGAAGUUCGAGAUGGACCUUUUGGCUUUUCUCCAAUAAUUGGACGUUUCUGUGGACAGCAGAACCCACCUGUGAUAAAAUCCAGUGGAAGAUUUCUAUGGAUUAAAUUUUUUGCUGAUGGAGAGCUAGAAUCGAUGGGAUUUUCAGCUCGAUACAACUUCACACCUGAUCCUGACUUUAAGGACCUUGGCGUUUUGAAACCAUUACCAGCUUGUGAGUUUGAGAUGGGCGGCCCCGAAGGGAUCGUGGAGUCUGUGCAAAUUAUGAAGGAAGGCAAAGCUUCUGCUAGUGAGGCCGUCGAUUGCAAAUGGUACAUCCGAGCACCGCCACGUUCCAAGAUCUACUUACGCUUCUUGGACUAUGAGAUGCAGAACUCAAAUGAAUGCAAAAGGAACUUUGUGGCUGUGUACGACGGCAGCAGCUCCGUGGAGGACUUGAAAGCCAAGUUCUGCAGUACGGUGGCCAACGACGUGAUGCUACGCACCGGUCUUGGGGUGAUCCGCAUGUGGGCAGAUGAAGGCAGUCGAAACAGCCGCUUUCAAAUGCUCUUCACGUCCUUUCAAGAACCCCCCUGUGAAGGCAAUAUGUUCUUCUGCCAUAGUAACAUGUGCAUUAACAAUACGUUGGUCUGCAACGGACUCCAGAAUUGCGUGUAUCCUUGGGAUGAAAAUCACUGUAAAGAAAAAAGGAAAGCCAACCUCCUGGACCAGCUGACCAACACAAGUGGGACUGUCAUUGGUGUGACUUCCUGCAUCGUGAUCAUCCUUAUCAUCGUCUCUGUCAUUGUGCAGAUCAAACAGCCUCGUAAGAAAUACGUCCAGAGGAAAUCAGACUUUGACCAGACUGUGUUCCAGGAGGUGUUUGAGCCUCCGCAUUAUGAGUUAUGCUCUCUCAGAGGGACAGGGGCUACAGCUGACUUUGCAGAUGUGGCAGAUGACUUUGAAAAUUACCAUAAACUGCGGAGGUCAUCUUCCAAAUGCAUUCAUGACCAUCACUGUGGAUCACAACUGUCCAGCACUAAAGGCAGCCGCAGUAACCUCAGCACAAGAGAUGCUUCUGUAUUGACAGAAAUGCCCCCACAGCCCGUCAAACCCCUCAUCCCGCCCAUGAACAGAAGGAAUAUCCUUGUCAUGAAACACAACUACUCGCAAGAUGCUGCGGAUGCCUGUGACAUUGACGAGAUUGAGGAGGUGCCCACCACGAGUCACAGGCUGUCCAGACACGAUAAAGCCGUCCAGCGGUUCUGCCUCAUUGGGUCUCUAAGCAAACAUGAAUCUGAAUACAACACAACUAGGGUCUAAAAAGAAAAUUCAAGAGAAGAACUAUUUAUACAAACAUGGGGACUGUGAAAAGGAAAUUCUAUAGUGAAUUGUGAAAAGUGGACAUAUUUCUAAAUUCAUUCCACUGCCUUUAUCCAAACUUAAGAAUUACAGACAUUUGUUAUUCCUUCGGCAAGACAUCCCCGCUGCGCAGUGAUAUGUUCAUUUCAUAAUUUGGUUGCUGGCCACCAAGUGCUCCUUAGUUUCUAAAUACAUUUUGAGAUUUACUGAAAACUUGAAGAAGAAAUUAAUUCCUGAUUAAGACUGCCCCAACUUUAUUUUUACUGUCGAUUCCACCUUUGUUUCUAUGUUGUAUUAUGUCUUUGUUAUAUAAUUGUACAUUGUGUGAUAUGUGGAAAAACACGAUUUUGGAUGAACUUUGCGUUACAUGUACAUUGUUUUCAUUAUAUAGACUGCUUGAGAAUAGUGCGUUCCUGAGUGAUUAUGAACAUGCCACCAUGAAAAGUGAAAAUAUGGACCAUGGAAACACCAGCUAGAGGUUUUACGGACUAUAAGCAUCUAUUGUUAUAUUACGAUUAAUUGCAGCAAAAAGUGAUGAGUAAAAUUACUAGAUUGCAAUAAGAAAAAUCUCAUUUUUUUUUUUUUUUGUCUUUCUUG